AUGGCUCCGGUGUCGAGGUUGACAAGGCGCAAAGAUGCCAGUCACUGGCCGAGGACGUCGUCAACUUUCUGGGCUGUGGUGCUUCUGACGGCGCUGCUCGUUAUCUACUGCGGCCAGCUGGCAGCCGGGACAUGUGAGAUCGUGACGCUGGACAGGGACAGCAGCCAACCACGGCGGACCAUCGCCAGGCAGACGGCCCGCUGCGCCUGUAAGAAGGGCCAGAUCGCUGGAACUACAAGAGCCCGGCCCGCCUGCGUGGACGCUGGCAUUGUUCGGAAAAAGCAGUGGUGUGAGAUGGUGCCAUGUUUGGACGACGAAGGCUGUGACCUGUUAGUCAAUAAAUCUGGCUGGACUUGUACACAGCCCGGAGGCCGAGUCAAAACCACCACGGCUCUAUGACGCGACAAGAGUCCCCCACGACCCUCUUGCACUAUGGAGAGCAUUGAUGACCCCUUGACAGACAGCCAAACACCAUCUACCACCAACCCCACCAACAACACAACAACUCAACCCGAACCCUGGAGCCGCAAAGGCAGGAAGCGACACAAGAGCACCAGGGGCCUCAUGGAGGCAGCAAGGUCUCUUAACACAGCCAGAGACUGGGAAACCAGGGAGUGACUGUUUGAGGGAACAACCUCCCCCCUGGACAAAGUACUCUCUGUAAAACAGUUCCUAUUUCCUGUGACUGGCUCCUCCGGGUUUGUGACUGCUCCCUCCUGCUAUCUGUCGUUGGGUCAACAUGUUGCAACCACCUCCUCUCCGCUCUGUCUGCCUGCUCUGUUGAAGUUGGCAGCGCCCGCUCGUGCCACGGAGGAUCGGGACACCACAGAUAAAUCCCAUGAAUGUUUUUUUGCCUCAUCGGAACUCCUCUAUUUGGAGCAACUGCUUUGAAUCAAAGGAUUUCCCACAUCUGUCUCCUUGCUUCUCUAGAACCGGAGUUCCAGAGCAUAGGACGGGAUCAUCUCAGACUAGACCCUGUUGCUUCUUACGAGGCCGUGAAUAAAAACAAAACCCAAACUGAGCGCUCUCUGCUGUGAA